AGUCCGCGCCAAACAUCCGUUCAAAUCGAAACUUCACUGUCAAAAAAAAAAUCCUCAGUUUUCACGAGUUUUACAAUAAAAUUUUUUGAUAAAUCAAAAUGGUGAACGUACCCGCGAUCGGUAUCGAUUUGGGUACGACGUAUUCUUGCGUCGGGGUAUGGCAAGGAGCCAAAGUGGAAAUAAUAGCGAACGAUCAAGGAAAUAGAACAACUCCUAGCUACGUAGCCUUUACGGAUACCGAAAGAUUAAUCGGAGACGCCGCGAAAAAUCAAGUGGCUAUGAAUCCCAACAAUACGGUAUUCGACGCUAAAAGAUUGAUCGGAAGGAAAUACGACGAUCCUAAAAUACAACAAGAUCUGAAGCAUUGGCCGUUCAAAGUUGUAAACGACAACGGAAAACCGAAAAUACAAGUCGAAUUCAAAGGGGAAAUGAAACGAUUCGCUCCGGAAGAAAUCAGCUCCAUGGUUUUGACGAAAAUGAAGGAAACGGCCGCCGCUUAUUUAGGAAGAGAUAUAAGGGACGCCGUUAUAACGGUGCCGGCAUAUUUUAACGAUUCCCAAAGACAAGCCACCAAAGACGCCGGCACCAUCGCAGGUCUAAAUGUUAUGAGAAUCAUAAACGAACCAACCGCGGCCGCUUUAGCCUACGGUCUGGAUAAAAAUCUAAAGGGAGAAAAAAACGUGCUGAUAUUCGACUUGGGAGGCGGUACUUUCGACGUUUCCAUCUUAACCAUAGACGAAGGAUCUUUGUUUGAGGUUAAAUCCACCGCGGGAGAUACCCAUUUGGGCGGCGAGGACUUCGACAAUCGGUUAGUGAAUUUUUUCGUGGACGAAUUCAAGAGAAAAUACCAAAAGGAUUUAUCGAAAAGCGCCCGGGCUUUGAGACGACUUCGAACUGCUGCAGAAAGGGCGAAAAGAACCCUUAGUUCGAGUACGGAAGCUUCUCUAGAGAUAGACGCCCUCUACGAAGGCAUCGACUUUUAUUCGAAAAUAUCACGAGCUCGAUUCGAAGAAUUAAAUUCGGAUUUGUUCCGAAACACUCUGGAGCCAGUGGAAAAGGCGCUCAAAGAUGCGAACAUGUCGAAGAAUCGAAUAAACGACGUGGUUCUAGUAGGCGGUUCGACUCGCAUUCCCAAAAUACAAUCUCUCCUUCAGAAUUACUUCGAGGGUAAAAUUUUGAAUUUGAGUAUAAAUCCGGACGAAGCCGUCGCUUACGGAGCCGCCGUACAAGCCGCUAUAUUGAGCGGAGACACCAGUUCUAAGAUACAGGACGUGUUGCUGGUCGACGUGACUCCUUUGUCUUUGGGUAUCGAAACCGCCGGAGGAGUCAUGUCGAAAAUAAUCGAAAGAAACGCCAGGAUACCGUGCAAGCAAACGCAGACGUUUACCACUUAUUCCGACGAUCAACCGGCGGUGACUAUACAAGUUUUCGAAGGAGAAAGGGCGUUAACUAAAGAUAAUAAUUUGUUGGGUACUUUCGAUUUAACCGGUAUUCCCCCGGCACCGAGAGGCGUUCCUAAAAUCGACGUAACUUUCGAUCUCGACGCCAACGGCAUCUUGAACGUAUCCGCUUCCGAAACUAGCACCGGGAAAUCGAAAAGAAUCACCAUAAAAAACGACAAGGGUCGUUUAUCUCAAAGGGACAUAGAGAGGAUGCUUAACGAAGCGGAGAAAUACAGGGAAGAAGAUAAUCGACAGAGGGAACGAAUAGGAGCCAGGAACAAUUUGGAAAGUUACGUUUUUAACGUUAAACAGGCAUUAAAAGACGCGGGUAAUAAAUUGAGCGACGAGGAGAAGGGGAAAGUAAGAAACGAGUGCGAUAAUUGCGUGCGCUGGUUGGACGGUAACCAAAUGGCGGAAAAAGACGAAUACGAAUUUAAAUUGAAGGAAUUGACUCGAGUAUGCGGACCUUUUAUGACGAAAUUACAUCGCGGAAAUUCGGGAAAUUACGGCACUUCGAGCGGAGAUCAAGAUGGUCCCACUAUCGAAGAAGUCGAUUAGAAAACGUGGAAAAUCAUUUCGAUCCAAAAAUUUUUAGUCUAAAAAGUUUCUGCAUCUCAUUUAAUAAAGCUAGUUGAGAAAAUAUA